AUGAAAUCUUUUUUAUAAAAACAUAAAUAUAAAAUCCUAGCAUUAACAGUUUCCCCUGCUAUUUUAACAUAUUCAACCACAUAUUAUUUAUUUCCAGAUUUACGUAAUAACCAAUAUUAAUUAUUAAAGGCUUUAAAUAGAACAUGCCGUGUAGUUUAUGCUGGUGCUAGAAUGGCUUAUAUAUAUUAAAAAAACGAUGAUAUUCCAAUAGAAAAAAAACAUGAAAAAGCCUCAUUAAUAUUAAGAGAUACAUUCAUAAAAAAUGCAGGUUUAUAUUUAAAAUUUGCACAAUUAUUAUCUUCUCUUGAUGUCAUAGUUCCUUAAGAAUAUAGAAACAAUUUCGAAACGUUGUGUCAUGAUUGUCCUUAAAGUUCAUUCGAAAGUGUAAAAAAAACAAUUGAAAGUUAAUUAGAUAAGCCAUUACAUGAAAUUUUUUCAUAUUUUAAUGAAAAGCCUUUAAAAUCAGCUUCUAUAGCCUAAGUUCAUGAAGCUAUUUUAAAAGAAAAUGGUUAAAAAGUAGCCGUGAAAGUAUAACAUGAUUGGUUAAGUUAAUCUUCUAAAGGAGACAUUAAAUUAGUUCAAAUGUAUGUUAAUAUUGGAGAAAAGUUUUUCCCAGAAUUUAAAUUUAAAUGGUUUUCAGAUGAAAUAGAAUAAAUACUUAAAUAAGAAUUAAAUUUUUAUUAAGAAAUUGAUAAUGGGGAAAAAGCACGUGAAUUAUUAAAAAAUAAAAAAAAUUUAUAUAUUCCUUAAUAUUAUUUUGAUUAUUGCAGUGAAAAAGUCAUUACAAUGGAAUAUAUAGAUGGAUUUCCAAUAAUGGAUGUAAAUCUUUUAAGAAAAUAAAAUUUUGAUUUACAAAAAAUAGCAUUUAUAAUAAGUGAUGCGUUUUCUUAAAUGAUAUUUAAUAAUGGCUUUGUUCAUAGUGAUCCUCAUUAGGGUAAUUUACUAAUUCGAAAAGUUUCUAAUAAUUUCAAAAGUGAAGAUUAAGUAGUUCUUUUGGACCAUGGAUUGUAUAAAUAACUUACACCUACAUUCCGACUAGCAUAUAGUAAACUUUGGAAGGCAAUUAUCGAAUAAGAUAUAUCUUAAAUGGAAAAAUCUUCAUAAGAAUUAGGCGUUUAAGAAGAAUAUUCAAAGCUUUUUGUUUCUAUGAUAACAAGUAGAGUAUUUGAUGACAUAACGGAUAAAAAAAAAGAUGUAAAAGAAAGGCUAAUAAGUCCAAAAACAUAAUAAGAAAGAGAUAAAAUCGUUACAAAUGCAGCUAAACAUCAUAAAAAUAUUAUAAAAGUUUUAUAAGAAAUGAACAGGUAUUUUUUUAACAUAAAAAAAUAAUAUUAAUUAAUAUAAAAAUAAAAAAAUAUAGAUCAUUAAUACUUUUAUUGA